AACGAGACCACGACCACGUCGAAGAUGAGAAAGACCGCACUGAUAUUGCAGCCUUGUCGAGCAGCAGCGGUCAACCUCAUCAGCGCCGGGAGCAGGAGAUAGAUGGCGAUAAUGGGAGCACGAUGUCCCGCAAGAAUGUCAAAACUCUGAGUCUAGGCACCACCGAGCAGCGCCCCCUGGUGAUAGAGCAGGACGACGUGACACAAUUGCGAUCCCCGAAGGCGCGGAGGACGGAGCCGUAUCCAAUACUGAAAAGUGAUAGCAUGAAGGAACUUAGGCUGCAGGGAUAUGUUUUUACCGAUUGAUGGUUGUAUUUUUGUACAUCUGGAGGUAUAAGCAUACUUCAACUUCUCAACUAAAGCAACUGCUCUUGUUGUGUCAUGGACGUCGAGAACUCCAGGUUCGCUGGUUCAGGUGCGCACAUGAUUGAAUGGCAGAGUUUUAGCGUUAUCACUUUUUCGCUUGAAUAUGACCAGAAGCGGGACCACGCGGAUUUCAUGCAAGUUGACGCACCGCCGGGACCGAGACCGAAAGAAGAACAGCAGCAGCACCAAAAAGAGGCUCACGCUACCCGAUCCGCCCGCCGUCGCGGCAGCACACCAUCUGCAUCACGGCAGG